UUGAAUAUGUUUAAAUUUCUUACGAGACAAGAUUUUACAUUUAAUUUUGAAAUAAAUAUUUUCAAAUUUCCCGCUAUAGAGGGCGUUUGAUCAUAGAUGUCUCUUCGGUCAAUUUACAAAUUAGUUCUCAUUUUCUACACUAGUAUAAUGGCACAUGGUAGUAUAAACACGUGUUUAUAAGAAACAAAUAAAAUAUUAUUGUGAAAAUAUAACUAAUAUUAGUGAAAAAUAUGAAUGAAACAGUUGUUAAAAUGGAAGUAGACGAAAGUCUACAAGAAGGAACAGAAUUAAGCUACGAAGAUAAGUUGAAAUACAUUAAUAAUAUUGCUAAACCAAUGGCAUCCAAAAAAUUAACCAAAAAAAUUUACAAGUGUAUAAAAAAAGCAUCGAAACAUAAAACAUAUCUGCGUAAUGGAUUAAAAGAUGUACAGAAACACAUACGUAAAGGAGAAAAAGGAAUAGUUAUUUUUGCUGGAGAUGUGUUUCCGAUAGAAAUAAUGUGUCAUUUACCAAUUGUGUGCGAAGAUAAAGAUAUUCCUUACUGUUAUACACCUUCGAGACAGGAUAUUGGUACUGCUAUGGGUGUAAAGCGUGGAAGUCUCAUGGUACUUAUUAAAGAACACCCAGAAUAUAAAGAACUAUUCGACGAGUUAGUAUCUACUAUGAAAACAUUAGCAUCACCUUUAUAAGUAUUAAAUUUGAUACAAUACAUAAGUUGUGUUUAAACUAUCAAUGUAAAUAUGACACAUAGAUUAUUUUUUCGUACAUUAUAAAUAAUUCCAAGUUUUAAAAAAAGAAUAUUUUUAAUAUGACAAAAACAAUGACGUGUUUUAUUGUAAUCGACAUGAAUAGUAGAAAUAUACGAUUCGUAUUGAUAUAAAAAAAAAAAAAUGAUAAAU